ACCACCAUCCUCCUCCGUAGUUGUUUCUCUCUACACUCCCCCCCACACUGCUCUGCUUCUUUUGCUUUGGGCUUUUGGGACCCUGAGGCUAUUAUUAUAGCUUCACCCAGCAGCAAGCCUCCAUCACUCUCUUUGCUCAUGGCUGAUGAGUUCGACCACGCCGCGUUUUGGUUACCCCAGGAGAUUCUGACCGACUCUGACGGCGAAAUCAGCCCCAAGUUUGGCUCCAGUAGCCGGAAGAUGAGCUCGUUCGGCUCUGACAUUGAUGCUGACUCCAAGCCGGCUCUCUUUCCUUUCGAGUUUCCUUACUCCGCGUUUGGGGCUUCCACGGUGGAGUCCAGCGAGACUGAGAGCGACGAGGAGGAGUAUCUUGCUGGAUUGACUCGCCACCUGGCUCAGUCCUCUCUCGACGAUGAGUUCAAGCGCUAUGACUCGGUUCUUGGCUCCAAGAACAGCUCCAAGCCGUGGGUUUCGUCUGGCUCACCGCAAUCGACUCUGUGCGCGGCCGGGAGUAGUUGCAGCUGCGGCGGACAAGGCUCGAGCCGGGGAAGCCCGAACGCUCAGUCGCCGCCGGCCACUUGGGAUCUGCUACAUGCGGCUGCAGGGGAAGUGGCCAAGAUGAGCAUCCGGGAAGAAGCUAUGCGUUUCAACCAAAAAGGCAGAGGCAUCUUGGGUGCUCCAAGAGAGACCUCUCCGGUCGCUGUCUCUGAUUUCGGGUACUACCUCCAGCACCAUCAGCAGUCGCUUUCCCAGAAGCACUUGCAGUUUGAGCGGUUGAGACAGCAACAGAUUCUGAAGAACAACCUCUCGGCGGCGAUUGCUCAGUCUCAGGCGAACCAACGAUUCCAACAUCUGAUGGUCCAGAACAGGGUCAGGAACACCAACAAUGGGCCUCUGGGUCUUUCGCCGUCGGCUUGGCCUCCACUGCAACAAGCUCAACGGCAACAGUUUCAGCCCAAUGGGCCUAGAUUCGGAGGUGCUGCUGUCGUCGGAGCAGCCAAGGAGUCUACUGGUACUGGUGUGUUCUUGCCCCGCCAAAUCGGAGCCCCAGCUGAGUUUCCUCGCGGCAAGAAGCAACAACCCAAACAAGCUAGCACAACGGUUUUCGUCCCAGCAAAGGUAGUGCAUGCAUUGAAGUUGAACGUUGAGGAAGUGUGCGCACCGUCACAGGCUCAAGUCCAUAUCCCUCUCAACGGAAGAAACACUCCUGACUAUGAACUUGCUCUUCGGCUUCGGAAUGACAGAAUUGCCAUGGCUCAGCAGAAUCGCAGCAUGAUGAGGCCACAGGCACCAGUGAACCAUGAGAUUAGGCUUCCUCAGGAGUGGACUUACUAGCUUCUGUGGGUGUGUUUGGGUUUUUAGGGGGGUUGUUUAGGGACAAAGGAAAAUUGAACAAGGUUUUAGGAAGAAGUAAAGGGGAAAGGUAACAGGGUUAAUAGUAUUAGGAAGUGUAGGACAAAAGAAAAUAGGGGUUUUGAGAAAGACAGGACAGGGAAGAAAUGCUGGAAAGUGGGAACAAAGAAGAAGAAUGAAGGAAAUGUUAUCUGGGCUUUAGGGGUUUUAGGUGAAAAAUAAAUGCUUGCCUCGUUUGGUGCCAAGCUGCAGCAAUAGGCACAAGCAGAAGCAGCCAGCCUUCUCUGUUCUCUUCUGGCUGGACUAAAGGAGCGAAGAAGUGGUGGGGUCCCUUUUGUGGUUUUUGUUCAUGGGAUAUUAGGUUGGGAUAUUUUAGAAAUAUCGGUGUGAAUUUAAAUUCAGAAAUUCAAAUUGUGUAUUUCUGGGUUCCCAGCCUGGCCACACACCAUGUCCAGCAGUAUUAUUAUGAUAUAAUAAAAGGGUGUAUUUGC